UUCACUAUUUGUUAAUUAAGUUUUGGAUUAAAAUAAUUAUAAUUUAAUUAUCUCAACUCAAGCAAAGCAAUCAUCUUUGUUUUUUUACUCACCAAUUUGUUUCUCCCCCCUCCUCUCUCUCGUUUGUUUUUAAUUACUAGUAUUAAAAAUAAUAAUCACAAUCACAUCGGUGGCGAGUAUGGUGGUAAUUACCCUCCAUUAAAACCCUAAUUUCCAUCUCUCUUCUCACACUCCCCACUUUCACAGAUUAAACGUUUCACCUCCAAUCUUAUAUAUGUCCUUCAAUCAAUCAAGGUCCGAUAAGAACGACUUUCAGUUUCGCAAAUCAGGACGAUCCGCCGCUUCUAAUCCGCAGCGGUCCUCCUCUGGUUCUUACGCUAAGGGCGGCGCCGCCGGCCCUCCCGCCCCUUCUCCCUCUUCCUCUCUCUCCUCCAACCGCAGUUUUAAAAAGUCGAAUAAUCAUCAUGGGCAAGGAGGGCAAUCUAGGGUAAACGUGCCUGCUUUCACUACUUCUGAUUCUGCCAACGCUACUCCCCAGCGUAAUUUACAGAAUGGUGGUGCUCAUGUGCAGCCCCCCUUACAUGCAGGGGUAUCUGAUGCACCUGUUUCAUUUGGCACUGCCAAGCCAGUUGAAACACCCACCACUCAUAGGAGCUCCCGACCUGUCCCUAAAGCUCCAACAUCUCAACCACCCACCUUGACUUCUGAGACUGCCUCUGCUUUGCCGCCUCCUAACCCAUCUGGAGACGCAUCCAAAGGAUUCUCUUUUCAGUUUGGCUCUUUAGGUCCUGCCGCCCUCAAUGGGAUGCAGAUUCCUGCUCGAACAAGCUCUGCACCUCCAAAUUUGGAUGAGCAGAAACAUGAUCAGGCACGCCAUGAUGCCUUCAGAUCUGGCCCUCCACUACCAACAUCUACUCUUAAGCAACAAUUACCAAGGAAGGAUGUAAAUACAGUUGAUCAUUCUAAUGCUGGGGAGGCUCAUCCAGUGCCCAAAGCCAAAAAAGAUGUCCAAGUCUCAACUGCACCACCUGGGAGUCACCCACAGAAAUCUUCAGCCAUUCCUUUACCUAUGACUUCUAUGCAAAUGCCAUUUCACCAGCCGCCAGUGUCUGUCCAAUUCGGUGGUCCAAACCCACAGAUUCAAUCUCAAGGUGUUCCACCGACUCCAAUACAAGUACCGAUGCCCAUGGCUGCACUACCAAUGGGCAAUGCUCCCCAAGUUCAACAACCAAUGUUUGUUCAAGGUCUUCAGCACCCGCAUCCAAUGCAAUCUCAGGGAAUCUUACAUCAAGGCCAGGGCUUAAGUUUUACACCUCAAAUGGGUCCUCAGCUGCCUUCUCAAUUAGGCAAUUUAGGAAUUGGGAUCACCUCACAGUAUUCUCAACCACAGGGAGGGAAAUAUGGUGGUCCUCGUAAAACAACUGUCAAGAUUACUGAUCCAAAGACACAUGAAGAGCUGAGGCUUGAUAAGCGGACAGAUACAUAUUCUGAUGGUACAUCAGGACUGAGGUCUCAUCCCAAUCUACCUCAAUCACAACCACUUCCAUCAUUCCCACCUACUCAUCCAAUGAGUUAUUUUCCCAACUCUUACAAUCCAAAUAUGUAUUAUCAACCUUCGAGCUCUGUACCACUGACAAGUGGUCAGAUACCACCCAAUUCUCAGCAGCCUAGAUAUAGCUACACUCUCAGCCAAGGUCCUCAAAACGUACCAUUUGUGAAUCCUUCUGCUGUUAAUUCUUUGCCGAACAACAAGUCUGGGACUUCAGUGCAUAUUGCGGCAGAUCUUUCAACCUUAGAACAUGCUCGUGAUGUGCAUAAUGCGCAUAAUGUUAUCUCAUCAGCUUCUACAGGAACAGUACAGGUGAAAGUGAAGCCAUCAGUUAGCUCGGUUGGCGAGAAGGUUGUGGACUCUCCAUCAUUCAGUAAUUCAUCUUCCCUUGAUAAGGGUACAUCCAAUAAACCUUCAAGGCCUUCUGUGGAAUCUAGCUCAUCUCAAGCUCGGAAAGAUGUGGAGAAUGUCCCAGAAAGUUCUUUACAGCAUUUAAAAUCUGUUGAUGAUUCUUCAGCCUCAAAGUCAUCGCAAAUUGCAGCCAGACAGUAUGCGGCAGUUGCUGUUGAUAGUGGGGUGCUCAAUUCAUCGACACCUGCUCAGUCUGAGGAAUCAGUGAGCAACACUGAUAGCAAAAGAAAGGAAACUCUGGGUAGGUCAAAUUCCAUUAAGGAUCAUCAGAAGAAACAAGGAAAAAGAGGAUAUGUUCAGUCCCAGAAUCAGAUUGGUGGGCUAUCUGCUGCAGCGUCAACUGUUCCUUCUCAUUCAUUUGAACUGAAUGCAUCUUCUAAUAGUGGAAUUUCUGACUCCAUAGAGACUAAAACGAUCACAUCGUCAUUAUCUUUAAGUAAAGAGGAUUUGGCAGAGUCAUUCCAGGUAUCUGUCCCACUGAUCAGUGCUUCAACUUCGGAUAUAUCUGAACCCAAGGUUGGUGAUUCUGGAGAAUGUCUGCGAGGUAUUUCUGAGGCUGCAAAUGUUGCUGAUCAUGCUAAGGUAGAUGGUUCUUCCGUGCAGGAACAUCUUAAAUAUGAAACUCAGAGGCCUGAAGGGCAAGCAGAAAAAGAACUGCUUGAAAUUUCCAAACAAGAUGCUAAUAUAUCAGAGAUCUCUCCAGGGCCUAUUACGUCAAAGUCUGUAGACCUUGAUCAAACUCAGAAAGAUGUUGCUUUGACGGAUACAGUACUGGGCAAUGAGGUUUUAACUCUAGAGACCACACCUGAAGGACUGAAUGAUCAUGUGGCUUGCUACAUAGAAAAUAACAAGAAUUUAGAUAAUACAGAUGUCACUGUAUCCAGAAAUCUGGAUUCUGGGGAAGUUGGGAAAUCUCAGAGUGAUGUGACCACGACAUUGGAUGUAUCUUCAAGCAAAAUUUAUAAUGUUAAUGAUAAAGAAAUUUCUGUUAUAAAAUCCAGUGCAUCAGAUCAAGAGGGAGAUUCUGCUCUGAUUGCUGGUCUUUCUGAGGCAACUUCAAAAGGUGAAGUUCUGGAAAAUAGUGGGAAUGGGUUGGGCACCCUUGGAGUAUCUAGUUCUAGGGAGAAAGCUGUUGAGCUUACUAGGUCAAAGAGUUCUGCUGGCAAACUGAAGAAGAAAAGAAAAGAAAUUCUCCAGAAAGCAGAUGCUGCUGGGACCAUUUCUGAUCUUUACAUGGCGUACAAGGGUCCUGAAGAAAAAAAGGAAAAUAUUGUUUCUUCUGAAACAACAGAAAGCACUUCCGCUAACUCUAAUUUGAAGCUGGAAUUUUCAGGUGCACUGCAAGCGGACUCCGUGGCAAGUGAGAAAGGCAUCCAGAAUAAAGCUGAGCCGGAUGACUGGGAAGAUGCUGCUGAUAUUUCUACACCAAAGCUGGAAACUUCUGAUAUUGGGGAACGAGGUCUUGGUGGAGCAGCACAACAUGGCACAGAUGGGAGUGCAAUUACAGCAAAAAAGUAUUCGAGAGAUUUUCUUUUGAAAUUUUCCGAGCAGUGUACUGAACUUCCAGAAAGGUUUGAAGUUACAGCUGAUAUUGCAGAUAUCAUGAUGAGUGUCGGUGUGUCUCAUUUUGCUGAGCGAGAUUCAUAUCCUAGUCCGGGCAGAGGUGGGGAGAGGUCGAAUAAUGGGCCUCGGAUGGACCGGCGUGGGAGCGGUAUGGCUGAAGAUGAGCAAUGGAAUAAACAACCUGGCCCCUUUGGCAUUGGGAGGGAUUUGCGGUUGGAUGUUGGUUUUGGAGGCAAUACAGGUUUCCGGCCUGGCCAAGGAGGCAAUUUUGGUGUUCUAAGAAAUCCAAGAGUACAAAGUCCGGUUCAGUAUACGGGCGGUAUUCUAACUGGGCCUAUGCAAUCAAUGGGUCCUCAGGGAGGUACGCAAAGAAGUAGCAUAGAUGCUGGCAGAUGGCAGCGUGCUACUAAUUUCCAGCAAAAGGGAUUGAUUCCUUCUCCUCAUACUCCAUUACAGAUGAUGCACAAGGCAGAAAGGAAGUAUGAAGUGGGUAAAGUAACAGAUGAAGAACAGGCCAAACAAAGACAGUUGAAAGCCAUCUUGAACAAAUUAACUCCUCAGAAUUUUGAGAAACUUUUUGAGCAGGUAAAAGUGGUUAACAUUGACAAUGCUGUCACGCUAACUGGUGUUAUCUCACAGAUCUUUGAUAAAGCUUUAAUGGAGCCUACUUUCUGUGAAAUGUAUGCCAACUUUUGCCAUCAUCUUGCUGGAGAGUUGCCUGAUUUUACUGAAGAUAAUGAAAAAAUUACUUUCAAAAGGUUACUUCUGAACAAGUGCCAGGAAGAAUUUGAGAGGGGGGAGAGGGAGCAAGAAGAAGCUAAUAAAGCUGACGAGGAAGGCGAGACUAAACUGUCGGAAGAAGAAAGAGAAGUGAAGAGAACGAAUGCUCGAAAAAGAAUGCUCGGUAACAUAAGACUAAUAGGAGAGUUGUACAAGAAGAAAAUGUUGACAGAGAGAAUUAUGCAUGAAUGCAUCAAAAAGCUCCUGGGUCAGUAUCAAAAUCCUGAUGAGGAAGAUGUCGAGGCAUUGUGCAAAUUAAUGAGCACAAUUGGAGAGGAGAUUGAUCAUCCCAAAGCCAAGGAGCAUAUGGAUGCAUAUUUUGACAGGAUGGCUAAGUUUUCAAACAACAUGAAACUUUCUUCUAGGGUUAGAUUCAUGUUGAAGGAUGCCAUUGACUUGAGACGGAACAAAUGGCAGCAGAGGAGGAAGGUGGAAGGGCCUAAGAAGAUCGAUGAAGUGCACAGAGAUGCUGCUCAAGAACGACAUCAUCAAGCUAGUAGGCUGUCUCGUAAUCCUAGCAUGAACCCCUCUCCAAGAAGAGCACCUAUGGAUUUUGGUCAAAGAGGUUCAGCUAUGUUAUCCUCACCGAAUGCGCAGAUUGGGGGUUUCCACGGGCUGCCUGCUCAGGGUCGUGGGUAUGGUAACCAGGAUGCUCGCUUUGAGGAAAGACAGUCGUAUGAGACUCGGACUUUGUCAGUCCCCUUGCCUCGACCUCUUGGGGAUGAUUCUAUUACUUUGGGUCCCCAAGGCGGACUUGCAAGGGGAAUGUCCUUUAGAGGGCCACUUGCAAUGGCAGGUGCUCCUGUUGCUGAUAUUUCCCCCAAUCCAGGUGACUCCAGGAGAAUGACAGCUGGUUUGAAUGGUUUUAGUACGGUGUCUGAGCGUCCUGUUUACAGUCAAAGGGAUGAAUACUUCUCAAGAUUUCCAGAUAGAUUUGCAGUUCCAUCUGCCUUUGAUCAAUCAAGUGCUCAUGAGCGCAAUAUGAACUAUGUAAACAGGGAUCCUCGGAAUCAAGAUCGCAGUUUCGAUAGACCUCAUGCGAUAUCUCCACCCGGACCAGCUCAGGCACCGGCCUUCGCCCAAAAUAUACCUUCAGAAAAGGUGUGGCCUGAAGAACGCUUGCGAGACAUGUCCAUGGCAGCAAUUAAAGAAUUUUACAGUGCCAGAGAUGAGAAAGAAGUAGCCUUGUGCAUUAAGGAAUUAAGUUCCUCGAGUUUCCAUCCUUCAAUGAUCUCUCUCUGGGUUACUGAUUCAUUUGAGAGAAAGGACAUGGAGAGAGAUCUUUUGGCUAAACUUCUUGUUAACCUCACAAGGUCUCAGGAUGGGUUAUUGACUCCGCCUCAGCUUGUUAAAGGGUUUGAGUCGGUUCUCACGACUUUGGAGGAUGCCGUUAAUGAUGCCCCCAAAGCAGCAGAGUUUCUGGGGCGAAUGUUAGCCAAAGCUGUAGUAGAAAAUGUGGUGCCAUUGAGAGAAAUUGGGCAGAUAUUACAUGAAGGUGGAGAGGAGGCAGGGCGACUUCUUGAAAUAGGGCUUGCGGGGGACGUUCUUGGAAGCACAUUAGAGAUCAUAAGAGCAGAGAAGGGGGAAAAAGUGUUGAAUGAGAUUCGUAUUAGCUCGAAUUUACAUUUGGAGGAUUUCCGGCCUCCAGCUCCUAACAAAUCAAGGAUACUAGAAAAUUUUAUUUAAAUGAUAGUGACCCUCAUUGUAUCUUUGCUAGAAAAAGAAAUCCAUUGUCCAGUGCCUUCAGAUACUUAUAUAUUUUGCAAAAAUAUUUUUCAAUGUGGGUCCAUGGCGGGAAUUUAUAUGAGGUUGGCAUCUUGGUGUCAUAAUUUUAUUUUUAUUUCCUCUCAA